AUGGACCUCCCUUUACAGCAUAAGGUUCACUCCUCACAAACUAACCCUCCCGGGUCGAACUUCGCAAUGGCCAGCCUUUCCAUCGUUUCCUGGGUUAUUGGCAUCAUCGUUACGCUUGCCUUUGUCAUCAUGUUCUUCAAGUGUCUCAUGAAUCGUCGAGCUCCGCGUCCAACCGCACCCAGGCCUUCGAUCCCCGGACCUCCGAUUCCCGCGCCUCCUCAGGGAAUCGAAGGCGACGUUGAACUUGGAACCACCAACGACCGUCACGACAAGACCACCAAGAGCUCGACAGUUGGUGAUCAACCUCGCGUACCACCACCUCCGUAUUGUCGACGAAGCUGAUACACAUCUGUUGCACCAUGCUGCUAUCCCCCCAUACCGUGAGUUGCAACAGGCAUUGCCUAUGAUGCAGUUCUAUUUCGAAGAGACACACUAUAGAUUUGAGGGUUG